AUGGUUCGGGCUUUCCUACUGCUCCCGGCCCUCGUGAGCUUCACGAUUGGCUCGUCGAGCCCCGACGAGGGCUGCGAGCUCACAGAGGCUGGGAAGUUCCUGAAGCACAAGUUGCCGGAGCUUCAGGGCAUGACGGCCUCAGCUCGUGCGAGAGGUCUUGCCAAUGAUGCGACAUGUCCUGCAGCGUGCGGCUGGUGCAACAUGAUCGCGGCGAAUGACAGUGUCAAAGUGAGGGAAAACAUUUCGUACGGACAGGCCUACAACAUUGAAACGGGGCGGAAUGAGGUUUUGUACAUGGACGAGUACACGGUACCGGAGACCCAGCCUGGCGUGGAUCGUAAGCCUGUGAUGGUCGUCAUCCAUGGUGGCGGCUACAUGAAGAGCAGCAACAAGAACUCGCUUUGGGCUCCGAUCGUCUCGCGAUUUUUUGCAAUGUACGGCUUCCACACCGUGUCCAUCGAGUAUCGACGCUUGGGCGACUACUGCGCAGAAUCCUUGACGAACCCGAAGCCGGGCUGUCCCGAAGUUAUGUUUGGCAAUCCCGUUGAGGACGCCAGGGCGGCGAUUCGCUUCCUCCAAGAGAACCAGGAGACUCUUUCCAUCGACACCUCGACGAUUGGAGCGUUUGGAUGUUCGGCUGGUGGUUGGACGGUCACGCACCUCCUGAUGACGAACUACGGUGAGGGAAAAUCUGGAAAUCUGGAGAAUCCGCCUGCGGUGCACGCAGGCGUGUCCUUGUCAGGAGGCUUUGUGGAAGUGAUGAAUCCGUGGAGAAAGACGAGAUACGGCAGCAUCGCACCCUACAUGGCCAUCUAUGGUACCAGCGAUGCCCUUUGCCCAUCCUUCAUGAGCACGGAUGCCAUCACGUUGGCAGAGUCCUUGGGUGCCGAGACUCGGCUCCUUGCCGUACCCGAUGGAAAGCACUGCCCAAACGUGAUCACGCCUCCCUCGCCCGACUACGCCUUUGACCAAGUCAUGGGCUUUCUUGCAAAGUCCCUUGAGCUCUGCGGGGAGAGGACCCUCCUUCCGUGA